GAUAAAGCAAGUUUCCGCCAAACCGCGGAAGGAGUACAUUCCCAAACCCCGGACGACUCUGGAGCUGCUGCCGCCCACAGAGAGCCUCAACGGGGGGAUAAACUCUGCCAAAUCCCCCGGGAGAUCACCAGCCCCGUUGGACCAGCCCUGCUGCCGAGCGCUGUACGACUUUGAGCCGGAGAACGAAGGCGAACUUGGUUUCAAAGAAGGCGACGUGAUCACCCUGACCAAUCAGAUCGACGACAACUGGUACGAGGGGAUGAUCAACGGCCAAUCGGGCUUCUUCCCCAUCAACUACGUGGAUAUCCUGGUGCCACUGCCCCAUUAGGACCCCGAAAUCCUCCCAGUAUGAAUCCAGUAUUUACAUAAACAACAAUCCUUCUACUCCUUCUUCUUCUUCUUCUUCUUCUUCUUCUUCUGUGCUUCUGUGCUUUCACAAAACGGACCGAGAGGAAGAAUUUGGGCGGGAUUCGAUGCAGAAGAGAAGUAGAAACGAGGGAUUUAAAUGGACGCUCAUGAUGUCGCCGGGCAGCAGUGGAUACUAAAGAGGCUUUGCAGACUUACCGGGUAAAUGUGCAUGUGUGUGUCUGUAUGUGAGCUGUUAUCUACUCUAUAUGACCGAGAAAGCACAAAGUCCGAUAAUCUGCAACGCUGUCUUCUUCUUGCUGUCUUUUCUACCUUGACUUGCCUUCCUGUGAUUGUCUUAAGCAUCUUUCAGGGUCUUCCCCACCUUCUAUCGCUCUAUUUCCCUUCCUUUGGCUAGCCUCUCAGCAUGGCUCCAUAGUGUAUACAGCGUUUUGACUAUAUCUCUUGAUCCUGCCUUUCUUAGAGUGUCCGCUCAGUGGCUGAACGCAUGAACCAGCCCAAUCAGUGAUCGGACGCCCUGGAUUUACUACAGAAUCUGUGCUAGCAUGGCUAAUGCUAAUGUACCAGAUGUGGCUAACCGGCUAGCCUUUCGCUUCACAUUCCAGUACUUGUAGUGUUGAGCAGAAUACUUAAAAGUAAACGUUUUUAUCGCCUUGAAAGUGAAUAUGUUCAAAUACAAAGAAACUUUAUGUAUCCAGAAUUAAUUUGGGCUAAUUUCCGAACUCUACGGGCGCGGACCAAACCAAAAUCUCACUAAUAUUUACUAACUAUGAAUUUUUUUUAUAUACAACUUAAACAUGUUAUUUCUAUUCCCUGAUUUAUAUGUUUGGAUGUUUUUACCUUGCCUCGGUAUGACGGACACCAGAAACAAGACUUUUCUGUCGUUUUUAACGUAUAGCUAUGAGAUUUUGGGGGUUUCUUUGGAAUAAAGCCGUAUCUGCAAUAAGUAGAUCUUUACAGAAAGACGAUCGCUCGUUGAUUGAUCUUUUAAUAUUUAAUGUUUUAAGGGUCGACAAACAGCUUGUGAUUUCCCACUCGACCAGCACAGCCCAGUUGUAUUGAACUGAGGGUUUGAGGAACAGAUACAUCGUGGGUUUGCAGAGGGUAAAUGCUUGUUUUUCUAUCUUUGCAAUACUCUGAGUAUCCACAGUGUUUUGUGUGUUCUGUGUGGAGUAGAGGUUUGUUAACUUGUCUUAUUCGUGGCUUUUGCAUGCAGGACUCAGUGGUAGCCGUUCUGAAAUCCCUGUUUAUAUAUAUCUAGAACUACGAUCAGAACAUUCUGGUCUUUCCACAGUUUUGGUGCAGACUUCUCAAAUUUCAGAGAUGGAUCCCGAUGAGAAUGACGGUUGUGGAAACUGAACCAUAGGUUAUUUCUAGGCCUUAAGACCUUUUAUUUAAAUGGUUGGAACUUUGGACCAAUGAUGUAACCGUACAGAACGUUUGGAGAGGCAAUGGUCAGAACGAAAGGCCAGGGAGUCACACAGGGGACAAGAGACCACACUUUUAUCAAAAUGACUAAAGUCUUUUUUGCUACAUCGACUUCAUUGGCCAUUCAACCUGAGAGGUUAGGAAAGAGGAUGGGGAAAUAAGGACACCUGAGGAUCAAGAAAAUACAGAAUCAUUUGCUGCUUGUAUUGCCGUAAGAUUAUUAGAGCAGCGACGAAAGCUACAUUCAUUGAUCUCCAUUACUUCAAUAUGUGAUAGGAGGCUACAAGCUGAAUUGAUAACACCUGGUCGUCUAGUAAGACGCAGAUAAUGUAUGAGUAAACGUCAUGUAUGGUUCUUUACUGCGAAACAAACCAGAUUGAACAUGCACAAUUUCACAAAAACACUACAUUUGUUUUGGAGUUUUAGGUGUGAAGAGGUCUUUAAAAGUCUCUCAAACGUUCCGGAAACAGUCUGCGUCUCAAAGGAAAUGAUAAGCGUCAAAUUGUUGAUCAGUUUUAACAAUAGCUGUGGCUAACUGGAGACGCAGGAACAUACUUUGACGACAUUGUUGCCGACAGAAACGUUUUUCAUUCCGAAAUCUUCGUAUCGUCCAAUAAGAUUCAAGAGAACGGUUUGAACAUUCUAGAACGUUGGCGGCACUUUGAACUAUACGACAGGAACGUUUCUGGAGGGUUUUUAAUGUAUUCAGGUUUAAUCAGAACAUCAAUAAUGAACCCUUAAGGUUGCCUGAUGGUGUAUAAAAUCACAUUUUAAUGUUCUGAAGAGUUCCUGUUCUGUCAGUUAGCGGUCAGUGUUGGUGAUGAUACAAUCGCUCUAAAGUAGGACUUUUACAAUGGCUAUAACUGUUCCUCCAUCAUAGUGUGUUCAUACGUAUCAGAUGUGUUCCUACAAGGCAGUGUUGAACAGUCUACUCUAACCAAGCACUUAUAAAAUAAGUUAGUUAUUGUUAAAAUCUCUUCAAUAAUUAAAUUCCCUGGUUUCUGGAAACUUGAUUGUCAUUUUGGAGGGAAAUAUAAACCGUCAGUACUUUUACAUUACAGAUGAGUCCAUUUGUGUCAGUUAUACUGUAGGGGUGUAAAGGAAAUGUUGAAGCAUUGUUAAGAUGGUCUGUCCUCAUGUUUUGUUGGUCUGUUCAAACUACAAAUGAAGACUGAAGAACUUACUAAUAUUUACACCAGUUGUUGGAAUGGGUGUCAGUUUGGUGCUGCGUUAAUAUCGACUCCAUUGUACAUUAAACACUGAAUUGUGUCAAAGAUCGGACUAUGAUUAACAUUUCUAAAACUUCCCGUAUAUUAUAUUGAAUAUUUAUCAUGUCGUCCAUAUUAGUAAAUAAAAAAAGGUUAGGGUUUUUUCUAUCCAGACAAUAUUUAUUACGCCUGAGUUUAUAACAAAAAUCUAUGCUAGCAUGGCUAAUGCUAAUGUACCAGAUGUGGCUAACCGGCUAGCCUUUCGCUUCACAUUCCAGUACUUGUAGUGUUGAGCAGAAUACUUAAAAGUAAACGUUUUUUAUUGCCUGAAAACUGAAUAUGUUUAAACUCAAAGAAACGUUAUUUAUCCAGAGUUCAUUUGGGUUUAAAGGAUCAAAUAAAUGCAAAUUUCCGGACUUUACGGGCGCGGACUAAACCAAAAAUCUCACUAAUAUUUACUGCCAAGGAACAUUUUUGAAAGAUAUAAAACUUAAACAUGUUUCUCCCAUUCCCAUUUCAGAGUUUAUACAGUACCAUUUUGGUGUUUCAAAACGUACAAUAACUUUUUGGUGUUUCAAAACGUACAAUAACUUCUAUUAGAGUAGGGGUAUAGUACUCUGAACGUGUAUUUUGAAUACCUAACGAGUCGAGACAUAUUACCCAACAGCGAUUAAAUGAGUCCUUUGUCAUUCUUAGUUGACAAUAGUUUACAAAAGGAUAUUUAUAAUAGGAGGAUGGGAACGUUUCCUCUUGAUAUCUUGACACAAAUAUAAAUACUAUUGAAACAUACGAUCUGUCUUCAGUCAAUACACAUCGAGUACCAAGGCAAUAAAUGAGGAUCUAACAAUAAAAAGGAAGAGAUAAGACAAUAAAAACGUGGACAUCUCUUACAUUUCUAAAGCACAAACUAACUUUACAAUCUAUCUUUCUGCCACGUCCUGCUUUUCUGGUUGUAAAAGUUGAGUUUUCUUGUGUUUUAUUAGUCUUUGUUUACGUCUGAAACCUGAUUUCUGAGUCCGCCUGUGGAUCGUCUGUGAGCUGCAUGCGACUGUACUUCUGCUAAAGAUGGUUUUCCAUAAUAACAAUCGGGGAGAUGUGUGUCAUGCUGGAUGUUAACGGAUGUUUACUCUUUAUUUUCUAUCGUUCAGUUAUUUAUUUUGUAUGCUACAGUUGUAUAGCACUCUUCUCCAAAUGACAACGUGCUUUAAAACUUGAAUUUUCUUGAAUAUUUUUAAUUUAUUUGUGGAAACAGAAUUGUUUUGCUGCUCUUUUUAUUUUGGUUUUUUUUCCCCGUCAUACUGAUUUGCCCUCUAUGGCGACGUGUAUUCUAACCUCAAUGAGGGACUUGUACAGUGUUACGCUCCACUCCCCCUUUUCACCUUAAAGAGACUGCCUCACUUCAAAUUCAGUCUCUAAAACUGACUAAAGAGGCAAUUUUACAGCCUGUCCUCGAAUGCAUCACAGCUCCAAAGUGAUAUCUCUUCAACUGGGAAAGUCAUGGACCAAAAUGAUCGCCCAAUUUCCGAGUUGAUCGGACUUUAGAGGCAUUAACUGGAGUGUUUUCACCAAUUUUCUAAUGUUAUCAGCCUAUUAAAUGAGCAUUAUGAUUGGUUAUCAGUCUAAUAAAAGUCAUAUGGUGCCUGCUUUACAAACUGCUAUGCUAUACAAUCAAUUUACAGCUGCUACGGUGUAAAAGUGAAGCUUAGAAUAACCUGUUUUAACAAGGAAAAUCGAAUGAAACGCAACGAAAACAAGUUGCUUCUUUAGGUUUCGGUAGGCGAUAAAUCUUGAACUUUUGGCCCUAAAACCACAACCUUUUUUAGGUUUAAAAUGUCAACUUAUUUUAGUAUAGCCGAGAAAAUCCUCUUUAGGUUCUAGGAAGAUGGUAAAUAUUGAACUUCUUAAGGAAACAAACUAAAAGUAUUGUUGUUUUAUGCACAAAACUCCAACGUCUUUGAUUUAGGCGACAAAGCUACGUCUUCUUUUAGAAACAAAAAUCUAAACGACUGCAACUUCUUUAGGUUUGGGCCAAAAUAAAACUUGUUUCGGAAAUAAUGAUGAUUUGGAUUACAAUCAUUACGUGUGUUAAGUAAACUGAACAUUGCAAACACAAACAAAACAACAAUUAAUCAGUUUGGCACGGAAAUCUAGGAGCUGUGUUAAAACAAUCAAUGAUAAAAACUACUGGUUGGUUUAGCCGGCUGAUAACGCCUUUUUUUAAUAGGCUGAUAACAUCGGUUCCAGUCUGGAAUUAGGCUUUCCGAUUAUUCCGACCCCACCUUAAUGCACCGCAGAUAAAAACGUGUCCUUGGUCUGCGUUGAACUGUUUGCCUUGUGGCUUUUAAAUUAGCCUUUUCAGCCUCUAUGGUGUAUUCUGGUGAGCUACAUGUGUGUGUGUCUAUGUGUGUGUGUGUGUGUGUGUGUGUGUGUGUGUGUGUGUGUGUGUGUGUGAUGAUACACACCGUGAUGCCGUUUAUUUAUGUAUUGUAUGUAUUUAUUUAUUUUUUCCUAUGUCCUGUCUGUUGACGGUUGUUAAUACAUUGGUGUGAGACAUGGAGGAGGGUUUUUAGGGUUAUAUAAUGGGGGGUGGUUAAUGGAAAAAGCUAGCUGUGAUACUAACUAAGUGUUGCUCUCCUCGUAUUGGACGCUGAUAUAAUCUAAGACCACUGUAUGUAUAACUGCUUGUCGUGAAGAUGAUCUACGAUGUUAUGACAAUAAAGAAUUAACACUAUGGUUAAAA